CAGUGGAGAUUUAGAUAUUUACAAUAUGCACAUGGAUAACCACGCCAGUAUUACGGGUAUAUUUACGACAGCAGAAACUUGAAACAAAGUAUUUGAAUUUGAGAACUUGUGCACGAAUUAACAUAACGGAAAUGUGCAGAUUUUUUCACUGUGUGGAAGAAAUUAUGUAUUUAUACUCAAUACCGGUUUUUUAUUGAUGCAUAAAACACAGGUUGAGUGAUUUUUCACACCUGACUGACCCGAGGAAGAGAAUCCUGGUUCUGGGAUGUAGAUGAUCGGUCGGUGAAUAUGGCGAUAAUCACAAACAGACUGACAAUCCUCAUCAUUAUACCAUGUCUGUUUGUCUGUCUGAAAGGCAAAGAAAAUGAAGAGCGCGUGAUGGUGUUCGCCAACAGGACCCACAUCCACUGGGUUAAUCAGAACACCAAGGAGCACCACAUCAUGCCCCUGGUUAACAUGACCGAGGUCAAGUACGUGGACUUUGACCCCGUGGACAAUGUAAUCUACUGGUCAGACGUUCAUCACGGCGGAUCAAUAUCCAGGGCCACAUUGUGUGCUGAAGAGCAGGAGACUGUUGUUACCAACAUCUUCAUCAAGCACGUGAAGGCGGCCUUUGUCAGUAUUGCUGUGGACCACAUCCGGCGGACCGUGUACUGGACUAACUCUGCUAGUGACCUGAUAGAGCGGGUCAAUCUGGACGGGUCAAACCGGACCGUCAUAGCGGAGUACGACAUGGGGUCACCCAUAGACGUAGAGGUGGACGCCAGUGCCGGUUUUGUUUACUGGCUGGACGGUGGAAUUAAGCCUAAGAUAGAGAGCUGUUCAUUGAGUGGUAAAGGUCGGAGGACGUUGGUUGACCUCUCGGACCAGUAUCCCUCUAUUCUAGAGCUGGACACCCUCUUUCAGGCCUUGUACUGGAACGACAAAAACAGCAAACAGCUUUACAUGGCCAGAAUGGAUGGGUCCAACAUGAGGGUGCUUAAGUCAGAGAUUCCUCAUAUUACAGGGAUGUUUAUUGAAGGUAAUUUUAUCUACUGGACUGACUGGUGGAACAAUAACAUUGAAAAGAUUCCAAUCUCUGGAGGUGAAGGCCCCACAGUGAUACUGAGUCAAGUCAAAGAUAUGGAGGAUCUGAUCAGUAUCCAGGUCAACCCCGAUGUCGUCCAUUGUUCUCCGCGCCCGGCCUACAAAUUCAAAGCUUUCUCCUCCGUAAUAAACGGAACAGUGGAGGCGACGUUCACAUGGGAGGCCGGCUACGGCUGGAAAAUCCCCCAGUACUUUGAACUAGACCAGAAAGAUGUAGACUCAGAAAUCUGGGUAGAGGUCUACCAAAUAGAAGCAGACAGCAAGACGAGGGUGACGAUACCACUGAAACACAGCAAGGAAUAUCACUUCAGAAUAAGAGCCUGUAAUAAAUAUGGCUGCAGUAGCAGCAAUACACCGGAAGUGAAAUUUACCACUGAAAGUGUAACUACUCUACCAACAUCAGUGAAGCAUUUUAACCCUUUCCCCACUCUGUUGAAGACUGGUAUAAUUGUGGGGGGUAUUAUCGUUUUCGUUGGAGUUGUUCUAGGUGUGUGGGGAUACUGGAGAUCUCGUAAAAGGAGGCAGAGAAGAUACCGCGCCGUUAGAUACUCAACGUCAUCAUACAUCACGUGAUCCAUGGCGGGAUUUCUAAGGAUUACGCCAUUUUGUUUUAAAAGCGGUGUACUUCUUUGGUGAUUUGUUCAGUGGAGAUGCUUGAGAUUAAGUUGUAAAAAAAAAAUGUGAAAGGAAUGUCAGUGUGAAUGUAUUGAAUGGAACAGUUGAAUAUUAUAUUAAUCUGUGAUAUUAAAAAUAAUCAGUCAAAGUGUGCUAAGAUA